GUGUACUAUUAUUUCAUGCAUUAUAUUUCAAACCGGAAAAUGGCGUCUGCAUUACUGAAGACAGCGGCUAAGGUAGCGAUUGGUAUUGGGGCUGUUUACGUCACAGUUGAUCAAGGGGUAUGGAGGGAUAGCAGUAUGGGAACACGAGCCUUGAACAAGGUGCGCAACUCCGUCCUGCCAACCACAAAUGAGUACAUCAACAGUGUACCCUCUCUAGCUGAAGUGAACAUCUCAGUUCUGGACAAGUGGAACACAGGCGUGAAGAAAGUGUUUGGAUUUCUUGCCGAGACUCCUUCCACUGUAUCCUCUUAUAGCAGACAAGCCGUGGAUUCCACAGCUAAUUUCCUGCGGGAUGUCAAUAAGUCAUGACAGGGUCAACGUAUGACAACAACAACAACACCAUGAGACGAGUGUACAAUGAAUAAAGGAAACACGACAUAAUGUACAUUUUAUGCUGUUAGAGAUAUAUUUAUGACUUGUAAUGAUACACUCCAAUAACUGAUAGUUUUGUAAGUAAUACCUUUUUGUAUUCUUUCUGCAAAACAGUUUUAAUAUCACAUUGUUACUCUUGGUAAAUAUUAGAAACACAAUAUUUUGUGCGUGAAAAGUCACAAGCUUUAUUUGAGAGAAACAUGUUAAGUGCUGAAAUCAUGAAAGAAAAAGAUUUCUGUAGAUGAGUACUAAAGAAACGUGAAGAGCGUUGGAGACUAGAAUCGAAGUCUCACCUUCUUUACAAUCUGCAAAGCUCCCUUAACAUGUAAACCUGUAUUGAAUUUAUGUGGAAAUUUUUAUUAAACACAUAUAGGUGAAGCAAACUGAGUGUUCAUAAUCCUUCUUAGUCAUGUCAGCGUACGAAACUGAUUCCACUCUUCCAUCCUCAGUCGCAUUAUUAAGCCCAAUUCACCUUCCACAAUUAGUGCAUUGCUUUAGAUUCCUUGUACACGUACCUUUAAUUUCAGUUAAAUACCUCAGCUUUUACAUGUAGACUGUUCGUCGUCAUAUGACUGAAAACUUGUUGAGUACGACGUUAAUCCCCAAGCACUCACUUACU